GCUCACCUGUAACAUCACUCAGGUGUGUGUCCAGAUCCACAGACAGGAGAAGCGGCUCCUCUUCCUCUCAGGGCUUUCAAAGAGCAGCAGAAGCCGUUUUCUGAGCGUCUGGGAUUUACGCGAGGAAGAGGACGAUGCUUCCUCAUCUCAGGAAACGCGAGUUAAUCCGUCAGUUUUAGAGACACUUCCUUGGGUGUGGCUUUGGUCUAUGAACAAACGAACCGCACCGAAUGUGAUUUGCAUGCCUCAUCUCAACAUGGAUGCACCCCUUCAGGACUCUCACUGCCAUUUCUCCAGAAGCAGCAAGUACUGUGCGCCCCCUGGUGGUUACAGAGGGAACAACGUUCACGGCGAUCGCACAUUGCCGGUGUUUUUAUACCCAACCCACGUUGAUCAGCGAGUCUACGAUAGAUCCUACUGUGGGGGUGCAUCGCUGCUCUCGUACCUGCCGCCGUUCCACGGUAGCUUUGGCAUUUACGAAUGUCCCUACGAGCCCGCCUUCAUCCAGAAACGCAACGAACGGGAACGCCAGCGCGUGAAGUGCGUUAACCAGGGGUACGCCAAACUACGCGACCACCUGCCUAACGGGACCACGGAAAAACGGCUGAGCAAAGUGGAGACGCUGCGCGCGGCUAUACGCUACAUCAAGUACCUGCAGGAUCUGGUGGAGAACGCGGGUACAACGGAGACGAACGGAGGAGCGUCGCCACUUUCCGAAUCGUCUUCUGAGGAGUCUGUCGGGAGUUAAAGAUGUACCGAAGACACUGUUCAUGUGACUUUAAUCCUGCGCCACUAAAACGUUGUUGAUUAUCAGAUAUUAGCACGUGUUUUAAUGAUGCAAUAGCACAGUUUGUAAUUCAGAAAAGAGCAGCGAUCCAGAAAAUGUGCUAAUAAUUACAGAAGUUUUUUUUAUAAGGGUCACAUGAUGCUAUUUUGAGUUUGUUUUUAGAGUGUGCAUACACUACCAUUCAAAACGUUUGGGAUCAGAACGAUUUUUAAUGUUUUUUACACAAGU